AUAAAUAUAAAUGAAUGCUAUCAAACAAACUAAUAAUAUAUAAAAAUAGAAAGUGAUCACGGUGAACACUAUAAACAAUCGAAACGAAAAACCGCAUAAUUAUCAUUGAAAUUUUAUUUGUAACAUUGAAACAAAAAAGAAAACACUAUUGAUCAAUCAUGGAUCCAUUAAAUGGAUCAGAUUCUUUAUUCAAUUUUUGCAACUAUUUUCAAUCACAAAUGCAAUUAGAUCAGGAUAAUAAGUUGUUUAUGUCAUCUGGAAAUAAUCUAAAUCUAAUUGGUUCAUUAUCGAAAGAUAAUCAAUGUAAUAAUAUCAAUGGAUUCUCACCAUUCUUAUCAUCAUCGUCACCAUCAUCAUCAUCGCCAUCAACACCACCAUCAUCAUCAUCGAAUUCGAUCAAACAUCGAUUUAAUGACCGUAAUGACGAUGUGAAUCUACAAACAUUGAAUAAAAAUUUACAAUCAUUAUUCAAUGAUGAUAUAUUGGCUGUUCGACCGAAAAAUAUUGCCGAUUCAGUGUUAUUAUCAUCAUCGACAACUAGCUCAUCUACGGAUAAAAGUUUAAAUGGCUUUUGUUCAGAAUCGAAUGAAUAUCCUGAUUUGACCAACACAAAUCAGGAUUCAUUAUUGCUCAAUCUUAAUGGUUUUAUUACUGCCGCUGUGGGUAAUUCUUUGAAUCAUAACAACAACAAUAGCAAUGAUCAACAACAAUCAUCACAUCAUCAUCAUCAUAACCAUAAUCAUCAACAACCAUUACAUCAUGCAAAUCAUCAACAGCAACAAAAACAACCACCGCAACAAUUCAGGGAUAAUAUCUUACAAUCGUCGGCUUUUCUUAUGGCAAAUCAUAAUAAUAAUAAUCAGCCACAGCAGCAUUCAUAUGCUUUUCCAUCAUCAUCGAAUUCUUCAUCACCGCCAUUGUCACAGACAUCAGGUCCAUCAUCAGCGUCAUCCGAAACUGCAGUAGCAAGUGCAAAUAUUGCCUUCAACCAUAGCAGUAAUAACAACAAUAAAUCCGGUAAUGCUAACCGUUUAAAUUUUCUUGAUUCCCAAAAUCUGUCUUCUUCAUUGGUAUCUUCAUCGACAACGAACAACAACAACAAUACAUCGUCGCCACUUUUGUCAAAAGUAAUUAACAAUCCAUUCAAUAAUCAAGUUUCUAGGAAAAAUGAAAACUUGUUUCUUUCGACUGUAAAUCCAUUGGAUAAUGCAUUCUCAUUGAUGGUGUCGAAUUCAUUGUUGAAUAAAAAUUCGUCAACCAAUAAUACCGAUGCAACGACAACAGGACAGCAAGAUAUAUCAUCACUAUUUUCAAGAGCAAAUGAUGGCAUUCCAUUGGGAUCAUCCGCCAUAGAUUUAGUUGGUGGCGAACAUCAACCAACGAUGGCUAUAAACAACAAUGUUACCGUAUGUAAUGUUCAUCAAGAAUCAUUGUUGUUGAAUAGUGGCGUUUUAUCGGCCGAUAAUAGUGGUGGCGAUCUAAUACUAGGCAACAGUAGCAACAAUCAAUCACGCAGCAAGAUAUCACCAUCGUCAUUUAGUAAAAACAAUACGAAUUGUAUGGGAAAGAAUUUAUCGUCGAAUAGCAAUAGCAAUGUUUCUCCUCCGAUCAUUUCGAACAACAACAACAAUAAUAAUAAUAGUAAUUGUAAUCAAUCCUUAUUUACUACUAAUCAACUUGCCAUUCUCAAUGAUCUUCUGGAACAACAACAAUCGACAACAUUGCAUCAGCGUUUGUUGAACAACAACAAUAAAAAUAAUAAUAAUUUGAAUAACUUGGUUGUUACUGGUUCGAAUAUUUCAAUGUUGGCACGUUUCGAUCAUCAAAUACAAUCGUUGGCCAAUGAAAUCAAUUCUACCGUACAACUUUAUAUCAAUAGUAUUCAGAUGCGUAAAGAACAAUUGUUGAAACAAUUGGAUCAUGUUCGUAAUGCAUAUUCAUUGUCGAUUGAUCAACAAUUAACUGCCAACAAUAAUAAUGAUAAUAAUAAAAGCAAACCACCAAUAACUCAAUUACCGAAGAUAACAUUCACUCGGCCUGAUCAAAAUCUAUUCAAAUCAAUCACUUCAUUCGGUUUCAUCAAUACACCUGCAUUUGGUCCUUAUUGUCAGAUUAGUGGAGAAGGUCUUUCAAUGGCCAUCGAAGGUGAACCAACAUGUUUCUCCAUCAUCACUAAAAAUUGUUUCAAUGAAGAAAUUUUGAUAGGUGGCGAAAAUAUUGAUAUUGAAAUUCAAUCGAAUGAAACGACAGCUCAAAACAAUUCUUUCAUUCCGAAUUCGUCGUUCCAGAUACAGAAAAAUAUUCUUGAUAAUAAUAAUGGCAAAUAUAAUGUUACAUAUACAAUUCCACGUGGCAGUGGAAUACGUUCGGCAAAAAUUUUUAUCAGUAUCAAUGGUCUGUUGACAAGUAAUUCGCCAUAUUUAAUUACUGUCAAAACGGAACGAUUACGAGAGAAUUGGAAACUACUUACGGUGUAUGGUGAAGAAGGAACUGAACCGGGUAAAUUCUGUCGACCAUGGGGCAUUGCAAUCACACGAUUACCAUUGCAAAAAGAUUCGAAUCAUAAAUUGGUUGGCGACGUCAAUGCACCAAACAUUCCAAUACAAUCAAAAUCAUUCUAUCAAUGGCAAUGCCCUAAUUAUCGGAAAGAUUACCUCUUGACUGUCGCUGAUCGUAGUAAUAAUCGAAUUCAAGUACUGAAACUAAGUGUCUUCGAUAAUAUUAACAAUAAUACUAAUUCUACUGGUCAAUUUAUGAUGUCAAAUUCAUCAUCAAUGAUGAUGAAUAAAGUAGAAAUAUCAGUAUUGCAUGUGUUUGGAAAUGGUCCUGGAACCAGACCUGGUUUGUUUGAUCGACCAGCUGGUAUUGCUAUCAAUUCAAAUCUUGGACAAUUGAUUGUGGCUGACAAAGAUAAUCACCGAAUUCAAGCUUUCGAUUUAGCCGGUGGAUUUCUAUUUAAAUUUGGCGAAAAAGGCUCAAGGCCUGGACAAUUUUGUUAUCCAUGGGAUGUUGCUAUCUGUCCACAAACAUCGAUGAUUUUGGUUUCCGAUACACGUAAUCGACGUAUUCAAUUGUUCACACAUUAUGGACAAUAUCUGUGGCAUUGUGGUCAACCUCUUGAUUCUCCUCGUGGUGUUGCCUUUCUCACUCCUGAUCGUUAUAUCAUCUCUGAUUUCAAUAAACAUCGAUUAUUGAUCAUUGAUCGUAAUGAUUCGAAUUCUCAUCCAAUUAUAAAUCAUCGAGAUGAUCUUAUAACAUCUAAAUAUAUUGGAUUUGGUGAAGGAUCGGCAUGGGGUGAAUUUCUUCGGCCACAAGGUCUGGUCGCUUCAGUCAAAAAGAAUUCAAUGGUCAGUAAAUAUGUACAGAUAUUGUGCGCUGAUUCACGAAACAAUCGAAUUGCCAUUUAUAAUUCUUUGAAUCAAAAUUUCGAUUAUAUCAAUGGAGAAUCAUCCACUGCUAAUGGCAUUGCAUUUGAUCGACCAUCCGGUAUUGCCAUUGCAGACAAUAUUCUAGCUAUAAUCGAUUUUGGUAACAAUCGAUUACAAAUUUUUCAAAACAAUCUUGGUUAACAAAAUUGAUUGAUUGAGUGCUCAUUUAAUGAUUUUUCUCAUCAUCAUCAUCAUCAUUAUCAUCAUCAUCACAUACACUUUUACAUAAUCUCAAAAUUUUACAGUCAUUAUUUUAAAAAUGAUGAUCAUCUUUUUUUAAAACUCCUCACAAACUUUGUUCCGAACAAAGUUUCCAAAUUCUUUUAAAUUUGCUUUAUAUAUUCUUCAAUUUUUUCUGACACAAAUACACACACACGGACAAAUUUUAUCAAUCAAUUAGAAAUUUUUUCUUUUCCAAAGUUAUUCAUAGUUUAUAAUGCUCAGUGUUUUUUUUUCUUUCAUCAAAAUAUAGUUAUAUCUAAAGAUUCUGUUAUUAUGUUAGGCCAAUAGUUGAUAGUUUAUAAUCUUUUUUUUUUAAAAUUUCGUUUUUGCCCGAUUUCUCUUUCUAUGACAACAACCACAACAACAACAACAAAAAGUGAUCAUUUCAAUAUUCUGAUUCAGAAUAUUUUGUGAUGUUUUAUUUUUUCAAAUUCUUUUUUUUCAAUUUUCUUUUUUUCUCUCUCCAGUUUUACUCUCUUUUUAUUAUU